UUAAGUAUAAUCAAACACACACUGUAUGUUCUUUUUAUAUAUCAUUGGGUUUUUUUGCAUUAUUUUAAGUAUGUGCAGUUCAUGCAUGGCUGGUCUUUUUCUUUAAGCAGCUCAUACUGGAGAUCGUUUGCCUUCAUCCCUUGGCUGUUACACCAACCAUCUCAAUGUCCUCCAUUACCAUGUCCAUGAAUCUUCUCUGGGGUCUUUCUCCUUUUCGUACCUGCAGCAGUGUCUGAUAACACUUCUACGGCCAUUGUCAGUAAAAUGUGAUUUUUAAAAAAUAUAUAAUUUUCCUUUUUGCUUGAGUGGGGUCUUCAAAUGACUGCGACUGGCUUUCCUCUUCUCUCUGACAAUGAUGGUAUCUCAAGGCAUAGAGAGGUGAAACCCAGAAUGACUUUGAUGGACGUUUCUUUGUGCAGCCUUUCAGCUGUUUGGUCAAACUUGUCAGCCGUCGCCACUCACUUCUCGCUUGGUCCAGAAGACGGAAGGAGGGGGCAGUGAAGUCCUGCGCGUGCGCAGAAAGUUGUUUUUCCAUACAGCCGAGUCGCUUAAAAUGAGGAGAGCAGCUCCUCUCUCUUGUCUUUGACCAUCAAGAGAGGCGGGUGACAACAGCAGCUAGUGCUGUUACUCAGCCUUCACAUACACAUCUCAAUGAACUGCUCACAAAGAAGCCACUGAUCGUGCCUACUGUUUUGUGCAGGGCAGAGAUACAAAUCGGUGUAUCUUCAACCUGCAUCCCCUUUUUUUAAAAACUUCAUGAGAUUAUUUUUUCAUAGACUCUUUUUGUAACUUCCUGGCGUAGCUUGUCUCUUUUUCCACCAUGGUGCUAGGAAAAGUAAAGGGUUUCACUGUAAGCUUCGACUGUCAAAAUGACAGCAACGUCCCCGUCUUCUCCAGCGGGGACUGUGUCUCAGGUAGAGCGAUCAUCGAAGUGACGGGAGAGAUCCGAGUCAAGUCUCUCAAAAUCCACGCAAAGGGGUUCGCAAAAGUUCGCUGGACUGAGUCGAGAAACGCUGGUUCCAACACUGCCUACACACAAAAUUAUACAGAAGAAGUGGAAUAUCUAAAUCACAAAUACAUCUUAAUUGGACACGAAAGAGACGAUGACAACUCAGAGGAAGGACUCACCACUAUCCAUUCAGGAAGACAUGAGUAUGGAUUCAGCCUCGAGCUUCCACAGACACCUCUGGCUACCUCUUUCGAAGGGAAGCAUGGCAACGUGCGCUACUGGGUAAAGGCAGAACUUCACAGACCUUGGCUUCUGCCGAUGAAGACCAAGAAGGAAUUUACAGUCUUUGAGCACAUUGACAUCAACACUCCACUAUUGCUGUCACCACAGGCCGGCACAAAGGACAAGACACUUUGCUGUUGGUUCUGCACCUCAGGUCCUAUUUCCCUAAGUGCCAAAAUUGAAAGGAAGGGAUACACCCCAGGAGAGUCAAUCCAGAUCUUUGCUGAGAUUGAGAACUGCUCAUCCCGCAUAGUGGUGCCAAAGGCAGCCAUCUACCAGACUCAGACUUUCUAUGCCAAAGGAAAGAUAAAGGAGGUCAAGCACCUGGUGGCUAACCUGCGGGGAGAGUCUUUGUCCUCAGGCAAAACAGAUACUUGGAAUGGCAAGAUGCUGAAGAUCCCACCUGUGUCCCCAUCCAUCCUGGACUGCAGCAUCAUCAGAGUGGAGUAUUCACUCAUGGUAUAUGUGGAUAUACCUGGGGCUAUCAAUCUGUCUUUGACCCUGCCUCUGGUCAUUGGAACCAUUCCUCUCCACUCCUUUGGUUCCCGUACUUCCAGUGUCAGCAGCCAGUGCAGCAUGAGCUGGCUGGCCAUGGGUCUGCCAGAGAGACCAGAAGCUCCUCCAAGCUAUGCAGAAAUUGUGACAGAAGAGCAGCGGCAGAGCAGCCUUGAUGUCCCCGCCGCCCGUGAGGAGCUGGACGGACCUCUCUUCGCCUAUAUUCAUGAAUUCCGUUUCCAGCCACCUCCCCUGUACUCUGAGAUUGAUCCUCAUCCAGAUCAUGCCAGGCGCACUGAGGAGCGCAGACUCAAUGCCUGUCCUUCUCGCUGAAGGGUGUCUUUAAGAAUUUCCCUGACCAUCGCAGUAACCCAUUUCCGGGGCUCAGCUUUGUUUGUACAUCUCCAACUACGGCAAUGCUGUUGAUAGUGGUGAAGUAAACAAAGUCCAUGACCAACCAACAGAAUCUUGGACAAAUAACUACAGUUGAGUUUGGUGGACAGAUCUGUUUCUGCCCUCCCUUGGUGGCACAAACAGGAACUAUGAGUGUGGAGCUAUAGCUUUUUUCCUGUUUUAGGCUGCUGAGGGUAUGUGCAGAUAAACACAUUUAGUCUGUACGAGAUGAGGAAAAUCACCCAAACGUUGCCAGUUUCGCAGUGAUGUAAAGGAAAAGGUCACAGAGGCCCACCCCACCACACUUCUUUCACUCUGUCUUUCUGUCAUCCCUGAUUCUUCUGCAGUCAUGGCACUUAUGGACUCACACAAAGGGCUGGAUGAAUCAUGUCCAGGCUGAAUCAUGGAAAUGGAGAGCCAAAAAUAACAACGUUCUAACCACCAUAGUCUAUAUUAAUGAAAGUUUUUCACAAAGGCAGUGGUGACAAGUGCAAAGACUAGGUCCUCCUGCCUCAUUGGGAUUUUGUUUUGCACAUUCUAUUCUUUACUUGACUUGUGUGGCUCUGUUUAAUUAUAUAUGUAAAAAAAUCACUAGUAGUUUGGUUUUCAGCCUUUGUUACCACCAGAUUGAGACAGUGGGCUAACUUUUAGAACUUCACUUAAGUGAUAACAGAUUUUUUCUUAGAAAAAAAAACUGAAAAGGUCAAGAACAAUGCACUGAAUUUGUGAGAGUUUUUCUUUCUCCUUAUGACAUUUCUCAGUGACCCACAACAACUAGACUGGACUUUUACAACAGCUGCAGCACACUGUUUUCAUCUGGAAACUUUCUUUGAAGUAAUCUUGCCUCCUUAACCUGGAUCCAAGAGUGGGUUCCCUCAGUUAUUUUUAGUUUAGUUGUUAUUGUUCUUGGAUUUAGCUCCAAUUAUAGAUUUUUUUUUUCUUUUUUGUGUUGUGGUUGCCCAAGAUUUGAACUACUUACUUUUUAUACUUAAAUAAUAGCAGACAAGGUUUGUUUUUACUUUUGUGUAAGUGAUAGUGUCACAUUAUGGAGGGACUCCCCUCAUCCUCAUGGCCUGCACUCCCUCUACUCCUAAUCUCAGGGGAAGCCAAUUUUGCAUUACUGCCCAAAAAGCACUGUCUCAGGUGGUCGUCUCACAUGUCAAACAGUUGGUGAAAAGAGAAAGAAAAUGUAAUAGGUUUUUCAUUUAAGUUGCACUGUUUAAAAAAAACUUUUUUUUUUAACUUACUAAAACUGAGAUGAGACGUGGAGAUGCAAGGCAGCUUUCUGAGAUGAUUCACAUUCCAUUUUGUCCUGCUACACUCGCCCUAGUUUAUCCACCCACUAGUAAGACUUUUUUUUUUUUACCAGACCGGUGCAACCAGAAUGUUCUGUUUUUUUUUUAAAAAAAGGAGGAAAUGAUGAAAAUGGUGGAAUUGCAUUGCUUCUGCAAAACAGGAGCAAACCCAGCACAUGUAAAAAGCUGGGGACGUUACUAGACUUCUGUUCAGACUGGUCAGAACAAGUAGAAGUAAAAGUAGGUUGAAACGAGUAAUACAUUGGUUUUCUAACUCGCUCAGCAACAACCAGACCAGCUAUAACAGAGGUUUGU